AUGAACGGGAGGAAUGACUUUACAGAGUAUCUUGACGCUGAUGGAUCAAGAACGGGUAAAUCUAGUACAGACAUCUCUGUUGGAAAAUGUUCGUGGCCUGCAGUAUCGGCGCUUCAGCAUUGUGACGCAAAACAACGCAAAAUAUUUGAAGAAAACUAUGGAAGCUGGGACCCAGAACAUAUCAAUCGCAUUCAGAAACUGUACAGCGAUCUUAACAUGCCAAAACUUUACAAAGAAGAAAUAAAGUCUCGAUAUAACACGUAUUUGCAGAAGGUUAAUGCACUUCCUGAAGACGCUACGCCAUCACCCGACGUCUUUCGUAAAAUUUUAAAUUUUUAUAGAAGUUACACCGAUGAUGCAUCACGAUAUUAUUUUGCUUAA